GUUGCAGUGACCGGUUCGAUUUUACAUCGUCCGUCUUUCCUGGUCGUCGAGAAGGGUGGCUGCCCAUCCCGCUGGCUUUCUGGCAGCGCCAUGGCAGAGCUGGAGAGCCUGGAGUUCGGCAAAGCAGAUUUCGUGCUUCUCGACACCGUGUCUAUGCCGGAGUUCAUGGCCAAUCUCCGGUUGAGGUUUGAAAAAGGACGGAUCUACACAUUUAUUGGGGAAGUAGUUGUUUCUGUAAAUCCUUACAAGAAUUUGAAUAUCUAUGGCCGUGAUACAGUUGAGCAGUAUAAAGGGCGUGAGUUGUAUGAGAGGCCACCUCAUCUCUUUGCCAUCGCAGAUGCAGCAUAUAAAGCCAUGAAGAGGCGAUCAAAGGACACAUGCAUUGUAAUAUCAGGGGAAAGCGGAGCAGGUAAAACAGAAGCCAGUAAAUACAUUAUGCAGUACAUAGCUGCCAUUACCAAUCAGAGUCAGAGAGCCGAAGUUGAAAGGGUGAAGAACAUGCUGCUGAAAUCCAACUGUGUUCUGGAAGCUUUUGGCAAUGCGAAAACUAACCGUAAUGACAACUCCAGCCGCUUUGGAAAAUAUAUGGAUAUCAAUUUUGAUUUCAAAGGAGACCCCAUAGGUGGACAUAUCAAUAAUUACUUGCUGGAAAAGUCCCGGGUAAUUGUACAGCAGCUAGGAGAAAGAAACUUUCACUCCUUCUACCAGCUUCUUCAAGGAGGCUCUGAGCAGCUUCUGCGAUCUUUAUAUCUACAUAAAGAUUUAUCUGCAUACAGCUAUAUUAGUACUGGAGUACAACCAAAGUGUGCCAUUAAUGACAGUGCAGAUUUUAAAGCUGUUGCUGAUGCGAUGAAAGUGAUUGGGUUUGGACCAGAAGAGAUUCAAACAGUGUACAAAAUCCUUGCUGCCAUUCUGCAUUUGGGCAACUUGAAAUUUUCUGUGGAUGGAGAAACACCAAUGAUUGAAAAUAGCAAGCUAGUAUCUGUCAUUGCGGAUCUGCUCUCGACUAAAGCUGAUAUGGUAGAAAAGACCCUGCUUUUUCGAACUGUAGCUACUGGUCGUGAUAUCAUUGAUAAGCAACACACAGAGCAGGAAGCCACUUAUGGCAAAAAUGCAUUUGCAAAGGCAAUAUAUGAACGCCUUUUCUGCUGGAUUGUGAUGCAUAUCAAUGAUGGGAUUGCAGUGAAAGAUUACAACAGCACCGUUCAUGGCAAAAACACAGUGAUUGGAGUUCUUGAUAUCUAUGGCUUUGAGAUCUUUGACAAUAACAGUUUUGAACAAUUCUGCAUUAACUACUGCAAUGAGAAGUUGCAACAGCUCUUCAUUCAACUUGUUUUGAGGCAAGAACAGGAAGAAUAUCAGCGAGAGGGGAUUCCUUGGAAGCACAUUGACUACUUCAACAACCAGAUUAUUGUUGAUCUUGUGGAGCUGCAACAUAAGGGAAUCAUAGCCAAUUUGGAUGAUGCGUGCAUGAAUGUUGGAAAAGUCACAGAUGAAAUGUUCCUGGAGGCUCUUAAUAAGAAGUUGGGCAAGCAUGCUCACUUUUCCAGCAGAAAGCUUUGUGCUACGGAUAAAAACCUGGAAUUUGAUAGAGACUUUCGGAUUAAGCAUUAUGCAGGAGACGUUAUUUAUUCAGUCACAGGAUUCAUUGAUAAAAAUAAGGACACUUUAUUUCAAGACUUCAAGCGUUUGAUGUAUAACAGUUCCAACCCAGUGCUGAAAAAAAUGUGGCCAGAAGGCAAACUGAGUAUAACAGAAGUGACCAAGCGGCCAUUGACUGCUGCUACACUUUUUAAGAACUCAAUGGUUGCCUUAGUGGACAACUUAGCAUCCAAGGAGCCAUACUAUGUCCGUUGCAUUAAACCCAAUGACAAGAAGUCACCGCAGCUGUUUGAUGAAGAAAGAUGCAAGCAUCAAGUUGAGUAUCUUGGACUUCUGGAAAAUGUAAGAGUACGACGGGCAGGAUAUGCCUAUCGCCAAACAUAUGAAAAAUUUCUUCACAGGUACAAAAUAAUUCCUGAAUUUACUUGGCCAAAUCACAAACUACCAUCUGACAAAGAGGCUGUGAAGAAAUUGAUUGAGCACUGUGGGUUUCAAGAUGAUGUGGCAUAUGGAAAGACAAAGAUUUUUAUUCGCACGCCACGAACACUCUUCACGUUGGAAGAAAUGCAUGCCAAGAUGCUUGAAUGGGUGGUUCUCUUUCUACAAAAGGUUUGGAGAGGUACAUUAGCUCGACUCCAAUACAAGAGGACCCGAGCUUCCCUGAAGAUUAUAAAAUGUUAUCGUCGAUACAAAGUAAAGUCUUAUAUCUGUGAAGUUGCCCGACGAUUUCAAAAUGUGAAGUCUAUGAAAGAUUAUGGGAAGCAUGUGAAAUGGCCUAAUCCUCCAAAAGUUUUACGACGGUUUGAAGAAGCUCUACAGGCAAUCUAUUACAGAUGGAGAGCACAUGAACUAAUCAAAAGUAUCCCACCCAAAGAUUUGCCACAAAUCAAGGCAAAAGUGGCAGCAUUGGAGUUGCUUAAGGGCCAUCGAGGGGACAUUGGAUUACAAAGGAACUGGCAGGGCAACUACCUUGCUUUGAAUCCUGGUAAUUCUCAGGCUAUGGGUUCAUUCACCUCUGUUACUUCUGAGUUGCAACGCAAGGACAAGUUCAUGAGAAUUCUUUUCUCAUCUCAAGUUCGUAAGAUAAACCGCUUCAAUAAGGUAGAAGAUCGAGCUAUUUUUAUAACUGACAGGCAUCUUUAUAAGAUGGACCCUAUAAAGUACUACAAAGUGAUGAAAACUAUCCCACUGUAUAAUCUAACAGGACUGAGUGUCUCUAAUGGAAAGGAUCAGCUUGUGGUUUUCCAUACAAAAGACAACAAAGAUCUAAUUGUUUGCCUUGUCAAUAUGCAUUCACUUAAUGAAAACAGAAUUGGGGAGCUGAUUGGAGUCAUGGCAGAUCACUUCAAAAGUGAAAACCGUCAUCUGCAAGUAAACAUCACUAACCCUGUCCAGUGCAGCAUGCAUGGGCGAAAAUGCAGCAUCUCAGUGAAAACCAAAAUUAACCAAUCAGAGCCAAACUUCAUCAAGGAUCGAACAGGUUUCAUCCUCUGGGUUCCUGAGAAUUAAUUUUACUCUUGUCACUAAGCAUCCUUCCACAGUCUACUGAUGUCUUCAAACUUAGUGCCUUAAGUUUUAUGGAGGGAAGAGUAUGAAAGUAUUGGUCUGCAACACAAAUCUAGACAUUAUUAAUGAAUUGAGAACUUGAAAUGCUUCCUCCAUUAAGCCAACUAUGAUUUUAAAUUAUUGUAUGAUCCAUUGUGUACCAAAGUAGCUUUUAUUAAUGAAUUCUCCAGAUAUAUAAAAUUAUUGUAGAGCUAAUAGUUGAGACUGCAAUAGAGGAACCAAACGUUUGUAUGAGAAGAAACAGAAGGACUCACUCUGGAUUUACAAACACCAAAUCUUAAUUUAUAAAUGGGAGCUAUAUUUGGGGGAAAGAGAUUUUCUAUAAGAUAGUUACAAGAGGCUGGAAAUUAUUUCCCUGAAAGCUACUCCAUCCCUUCAGUCUUUUUUCCAAGGAAGUUUCCUUUGACACUCUGUGUGUAUUUAGGUUGGGGAUUCAUUGUUUUGUUGGGUGGGUCCUAUUGUGCAACUCAAAGGCUUGUUGAACUUAUACUGUAUUUUUAUAUAAUCUCUUGGUGGGUCUGUCUUUUAACGUAAACCGGAGACUGUGAGUUCUAAUUCCACCUUAGCCAUGAA